UUAUGUUCUCUGCUGGGAGGGUGAGGGAAGAGACUGAAUCACUGAUUCAAGAGAGGGAGAGGGAGCGAAAGAGAGAGAGAGUGAGUGAGAGAGUAACGUGGAUCGGACUGACGAGCACCGGCCCGCACGCGCGUGUCUAUUUCCUCUCUCAGUGGUGUGGUGCACACGCGUUUCACUAGUUUUGACAAGGGAUUGCUUUCUUUUGGAGGCGACAUCUCUUGUUUUCCAUCAGCGCGCGCUUGAUGCGGAUUAAAUCACUCUCGAAACAUCAAUCUCGUUUCAGAGCGGAUCAGCACCUUGGACAGCGGAUGCCAGAGAUGCUCCAAGCCGGCAGAGCAGAAAGAGAGCUGUGACCUCCCCUUCCGUCUUCACGACUGACGAUACUCCUGUGCACGCUUGGCUCCGAUGCAGGAGUAAGAGACGACAAGAGACCGGCUCAGCCAUGCUGUUUAUAUGGGUCAGCUGACAGAGACAAGCAGGCCCAUGUCGGUAGGAAAUCGACACAGUCUGCCUCAGCAGUGGAUACACGUACAGAUAUAUCACGGUCACGUUGAAUCACUGAAGAGACAUUGACAUACUAAACUACUGUGGAGGCCAUGUGAAGCUCGAAAUGCGGUAAAGAGCGGUCAUUGGACUGUGUGGAGCUUUGCUAAACGGGCUCCUCAGUCACCAGCAUCAAUGGACAACGGUUUGCACACCAUGAAUUAACCUUGCUACUCUUUCUGAAGGAUACGAUUUGUUCGUUUUUUUACUUCGAUAAACAGACAGCACCAUGGUUCUGCCGCCACCCGACAAGCGGCAUGUGUGUUUAACCACCAUUGUGAUCAUGACCAGCAUGGCCUUCAUGGAUGCCUACCUUGUGGAGCAGAACCAGGGCCCACGCAAAAUCGGCGUCUGCAUCAUCGUCCUGGUUGGAGAUAUUUGCUUUCUCAUAGUGCUGCGUUAUGUGGCGGUGUGGGUGGGUGCUGAGGUAAGGACUGCGAAGCGUGGCUACGCUAUGAUCCUCUGGUUCCUCUACAUCUUCGUUCUGGAGAUCAAGCUCUACUUCGUCUUCCAGAACUACAAGGCUGACCGUAAAAGUCUGGAGACGGUAGCUCGGAAAGCAUUGACUUUGUUGCUCUCGGUUUGCGUACCCGGACUCUACCUCGUCCUGGUCGCACUCGACAGCAUGGAGUACGUAAGAACCUUCCGGAAGAAGGAGGACAUGCGAGGUCGACUAUUCUGGGUGGCUCUUGACCUUCUGGAUGUCCUGGACAUCCAGGCUAACCUUUGGGAGCCACAGCGGACAGGUCUGCCCAUCUGGGCCGAGGGUCUGAUGUUCUUCUACUGCUACAUCCUGUUGCUCAUCCUGCCUUGCGUUUCUCUGAGCGAGAUCAGCGUGCAGGGCGAGCACGUGUCGCCUCAGAAGAUGAUGCUCUACCCGGUCCUCAGCUUGGUGACCAUCAACAUUGUCACCAUCCUCAUCCGAGGUGUCAACAUGGUGUUGUUCCAAGACAGCCGAGUCUCGACCAUCUUCAUCGGGAAGAAUGUCGUUGCCAUCGCCACUAAGGCCUGCACCUUCCUGGAGUACCGGCGACAAGUUAAGGAGUUUCCCCCGCAAGAUCCUGCUGGGAUUGCAAUGGAGAUACAGCAGAACUCUGUGCCGCACAAUCAAACUUUACCGAACGCCACGACCACCCUUCCCGAAGAGCACUCACCGGCCCGUGAGGUCAUUGACACGUGACCAGAGCUGACAAAAAUGUCAAAGACUUAAGCGUUAAGGGGGAAUGAAGAAAAACUUAGUUAGUUCAGACCAGGAAAUUAUGAAGUAUCCUUCUUCUGGUCCCUUUACUACUGAGCAAAGAGAUUUUGAAGAAUAUUUUUAAAGUGCAACUCAUCUAGGCUGAGUGUUCAAAGGCCAUUGAUGCUCGGAUGCACAAAUGGCAGCUCACAAGAUCUUGAUUUUAACCAGAUUUUGUAAUUUCAAGCAGCUGUUUUGUGACGUUAGAUAUGGGGUGUUUUUAAAGAGAUUUGUGUGAUGGUGGAUCACCUUGGAAUCUGCACAGAUUCCUGUAGAAUCUGAAUGCUUGUCGUUUUCAAAGUUCCUCAAAGUUGCCCUGCCCCUUGUGUGUUCAUUUAUAAAAUAUUUUGGCUAGUUUGAAUAUGCUUUCUGCUAUCAAUACUCUCAGCUCAUCAUGUUUAAAUCAAUUUCACACAAUUCUGCUGAUUUUCCCUCCGAAAAUCUGUGGAUAAAAUGUGAGGAAAUUUCCGUCUGGGUGAAAAAUGGGAAACAAAGCAUACCAAGUAAGGUAAACAAGAAAAAACAUCUGUAAACAGAUCUGAGGCAAGAAGUGAACUUCAAAUUAUGUUUUAAAGAUUUGUGUGAUUUGAAGAUGAAAAUCAUUUUUUGUGUGUUGAGAUGUGAGCAUGUUUUAAAGCAAAACAACUCUCACAGGAUUCUUUUCCUGGGGAUUCAAAUGGAAACUAGAAACCUUUAAUUAGCCAAAAACAAUUUUCAGUCUUUAUAAGUUUUGUAUGCCUGUAUGUGUGGGUGGAUAGAAUGGAAGAGAGUACGGAAGAGAGUUCAUUAGAAAAAAAAGAAAAAAAAAAGAUAAUAUUGGAUGAUAAUAUAAGUUAAUAUACAGUCCAGUCAUGUUUUUAAAGAGGAUCAUUGUAUUAUUAUUAUUAUUAUUAUUAUCUUGUUUCUCUUUUCUUUUAGCUGUGACAUUUUAAAUGUUGCAAAGUGUAAUAAAACCUCCAUAAUCUUGAAACUGUGGCACGUUUGCUAAAUUAGGCCUAUUAAACCGCAAAUGCAGAUCCAGCUAACAAUGAACUUCAGCACAAACAUAAAACACAUAGUAUUUACUCCCACACCCAGCCAACACUUGUGCCAGAACCGCUGAGAAACGGCAGGACUCUGUGAUUCUACAUGAGCUUUGAGACGCAGUUCCACUUGGUGAGAAUGGGGUGCAAAAGCAAUUUGGCUACUGCUGAUUGGCUCUGGCUGCCAUGUAGGGCAGCUGUAGGGAGUGAUAAAUUACAGUUCCUGUGAUCCUCAGCCCUCUCAUCCAUCUCACCGUUAUAGAGGUUCUAUAGGCUUCCUUCCUCACCAUGAGGCCUGAGCAGCAGGAAGAUGUCCUAUACCACAAUUCUCAGUCCUAACAGAGAUGCCAUUUCUAGGUGCGUUCCGUAAGAGCUAUAAAUUGUUCUGAACUGACACCUAGAUAUUUUUGACAACUGGAAAUAAAUGAUGAACUGUGUGAGUCAAUCACUUUCUGCUGAAAUGUAGUAAACAGCCUAAAAAUUACUUUUUGGACACUGAAUACAUAACCAUCCAUUCUGGAUUCAUGAGAAGAUUUUUUUAACAACCCCUCCUGGCGCUACAUGCGAGACUUGACCUUUGCAAAGCCAUUUUGAAAGGUAAAGGAAACAAACAUUAUAAAAUUCGAACAAAUAACCUGAAGCAAGAGUUUCAGUUGUCGCAGUCUCUGCCGUCAGAGAUUUCCUCAUACUUAAAGCCUCUCCAAUCAGUUGAUUAAUCGCCUGCUAGCUCGAGGCUAAUGAGGUCAUGAGGGUGUAUUUAACCAUGGCCCUAUUUAAUUUUCUGCUGUCAGAACAUUAAAAAUUCCAUUUUAAGCACAUCAUAAUUCGGCUUGGCGAUAAAUUACUAAUAUCAUCAUGGGAGGUCCUAUCUCCUCUUGACACACAGCUCAAUUUACCAGCUUAGUUCACUUCAUGGUACCUUUACAGUGCCUCAAAAAUCUAUUUAUCUAGAUAAUGUAAUCUACUGUCAAACAUGUAGGCAACCUGUUACCAGAGUGUUUUUUAAAUAGCCCUAACAAUUUGGUUGAAAAUGAUGUGCAACAAUAAUUUAAAAUCUAGUCACAAUUGGAAAGAUUUACUUUUAAAGGGUUAGUUAACCCAAAAAUGAAAAGUCAUUAAUU